UGACAACUGACGGAUUGUAGACACGAAUUGAAGGUCUUAAUUUUCCACGGUGAAAUUACCAAAAAUUUAGUAAAUUAUUACAUAAAACAUCUUUCAAAGCUAGCUGUUCAACAAUUGUAUGCAUUAUAAACGUGUAAAAGUCUAUAAUGGUCAUUGACGAACACAAAUGUUACAGAGUUACAUUGUGACGUACCAGGAACCAUGGAAGAAUUGGAGUCGAUUCUUAUAAUAUGUAACACAUAUUUGAAGUUAUCAAAAAUUACCUAAACCGUACAGUAGUGUUCUAGUCUUUUAUCUAUAGAAUAGAGAAUAUUAUUUUAUUUAUUUAAUUUAAUACAGUUUACAUUAUUAAAAAUCAAUUUAUUUUAUCAUAUUUAUAAUUCCAUUGAUAUUGUAUUUAAUACAAUAUAAAAAAGAGAGCAAUAAAAUAGAAAACUAAUAUAAUAAAAAGCAAUGUUAGAUUUUGAAUCAGUAUAAAAACCAAAGACAUAUAAGUGAAAUAAACAGAUAACAAAAUAGUGUAACUAAAAUAUAGUGUAGGGACCUGUAGAUGCUUCUAAACGUAUGGAAUACUCUAAAAGAAAAAGAGACAGAGAGAGAAAUUGAAAAGGAUAAGAAAGGAGAUAUUUCGAAGGAAGCUAUGGCCGCGACAAUGGUUGAGACGCCCCCUCCACAACUGAUAACAACGAUUGAAUGGAGCAUGAUGGAUAAAAGCAAAUUCUUCCCCCUAUAUACAUUGAGCAGUUUUACAGUACGCUGCGCACUCUACCCGCUGACGUUGAUAAAAACUCAAAUACAGAUACAAAGGAAAAAGGAAGCGUAUAAAGGUGUCUCUGACGCGAUCACAAAGAUAUACGCGAGCGAAGGAGUGUCUGGACUUUACCGAGGAUUCUGGCUGUCGAGUUUUCAAAUAAUAUCAGGAGUUUUCUACAUUUCAACGUACGAAGGAGUGAGACAUGAGCUUGGAAAAUACGAUGUCAGUCCGCGAAUGAAGUCGUUUAUUGGUGGGGGCUGCGCGUCUAUAGUGGGUCAAACUGUGAUAGUUCCCUUCGACGUGCUGAGUCAGCAUCUGAUGGUACUCGGUCUGGUGAAGGGGUCUAGCAGCUGUGGUACCAAAAAUAUUGUAAUGAACCCGCUCGGGCUGGAUCUGGCCCAGCGUCGGUCGAAGGCGGCGUUGGCGCGCGAGGUGGCGGCCCGCGUGUACCGGCUGCACGGCGCGUUGGGCUACUACCGCGGGUACGCGGCUUCGCUUGCGGCCUACGUGCCCAACUCCGCGCUGUGGUGGGCCCUCUACACCGCCUACCAAGAUGAACUGCUGAAGAUAUCGCCAGUGUGGAUCUCUCAUCUACUCAUACAGUGUGUAGCGGGCACGCUGGGCGGGUUCACGACCACCAUACUCACAAACCCGCUUGACAUUGUGCGGGCGAGGUUACAGGUUGAAGGCGUCGGGUCAAUGCGUCAAGUCUUUAAGGAGUUAUGGCGCGAAGAAGGUCUUAUAGGGCUGUACGCGAAGGGUUUAUCAGCGAGGCUCGUUCAGUCAGCUUGCUUCUCCUUCUGCAUCAUAUUGGGAUACGAGAGCAUCAAGCGUGUCAGUGUUAGCGACGAGUACCGCGCCCGUGUGCGCUGGUGAAUAAAAAAAAACAGCCAAA